AAGAUGGCGGAAACGGCCGAGGCUGACGUCAGCGCGGCCCGAAGCGCGGCCGGGCAGCAAGAAGGAUCAGCAAUGGCGACUGUGGAGAGGAGACUACCCAGUCCGGAGGCGCUGGCGGGACAGCCCUGGACCCACUGGAUCGAUGCCGCCAAACAGCACGGGGCGGACGGCACCGAAUUGGAAGAAACUUUUAAGGAGUGCGGGAAAAACCGGGAGGUCAUGCGGCUGAGUCGGGAAGAUAUGCCAAUAUUUGGUCACUGUCCAGCGCAUGAUGAUUUUUAUCUGGUGAUGUGUAAUCAUUGUAAUCAGGUUGUAAAGCCCCAGGCCUUUCAAGCACAUUAUGAAAGAAGACAUGGUACAUCAAGUAAACCACCUGUGACUCCUCCAUCAUCUUCUACGUACUCAUAUCCUUCCACAUUCUCAAAAAACAGAAGCGGUAGUGAUUGUGCGAACAGUCGCUCUUCUGGUGGAAACUGUCCUUCAUCCAGCUCCAAGAUACAAAAAUCCCCCAAAGAAAAACUUCACAUCAGUGGUAUGAGCAGACCACUUUACCUGGUUCACCAUGGCAAGAUGCACCAUGAUAAAAACAUGACUUCAGUGGUUAAACCAGAGAAGAUGCAUCCUAAUGUGAAGAUUGAUGGCACAUCAUUGAAAAUGAUGCCAGUUCCCAUUAAUUCCACCACUGUGAAUGCUUCAGUAAAAACUGGCCUUAAUUGUCCUACAAUACCAAAGGCACCCCUGCCCUCCACUGGACAGAUACCCAAUGGUAAAAAUCUUCUGUCAACUCCUUCAUCCUCAGAAAAGAAACUUGAAGAUGCUAAAAAUAUCAAGAAGUCCUCUUCCCAUAAGCGACUGUCAGAACGGGAGUUUGACCCGAACAGACACUGUGGUGUUGUCGAUCCUGAAACCAAGAAACCAUGUACAAGAUCUUUGACAUGCAAGACACAUUCCUUGAGCCAACGGAGAGCAGUACCAGGUCGUAGGAAACAUUUUGACCUUUUGUUGGCUGAGCACAAAAACAAACCCAGGGAAAAAGAAUCUCAUCGAAUCUCUGAGCAUCAUCACCAGGCACCCCUUCUCAGGGAAUCACAUCCCUCACCAUCUAAGGCUUCCCAGGAAUUGCAUCAGAAUUCCCAUGGAAAUAUUACAUCGGAUGUAAAACAGACAGUGUCUGGCAAAACCAAACUUCACAAUUCAAGUCUUCCAAGGCCUGCCAGUUGUACAUUACAGCACAGUGGCAAUACCGUUACUGACGCAGCAUCAGUAUAUGAAUCUCACCCCUCACUAGUAGGACCAGACUCAGCAUCCAGGUUGUCUAGUGAUGAGGGAGAAUGUGAUGAGAAAGAGGAAUCUGCAGAAAAACUAGACUGCCAUUAUUCUGGACAUCACCCUAGACCAGCAGCUCUUUGCACCUUUGGAAGUCGGCAGGUUGGCCGAGGCUGCUUUGUCUUUGACAGGCGAUGGGACCGCUUUCGGUGUGCACUUAGCUCUAUGGUUGAAAAACAUCUUAAUUCACAGAUGUGGAAAAAAAUCCCUCCUGCAGUGGAUAGCCCUACAUCAGCACAGUCAAACCCACACAGCACUGGCACAAACUCAACACUGUCACAUUACAGUGUUAGUGCUGCAGGUUUUAUCUCCUCUACAUCAUUGUCCUCCUCAUUGGCAUCUCCGGUGUUAGUUUCUUCUCCAUUUAUGUCACCCAUUGAAAGUAAAUCUGUGCUAUCAUAUGCAACUACUCUAAAUGCUCACCCUGCUGCCUUGGGCGUCAUGGACCCUGCUUAUUGUAUGCAAUCUAGACACGUGUCUUCACCUUCUGUGAUGCCUUCUGGGCUUUCUUCGGUUCCUUCACCUGUAUUUAAUAAACCUCAAAAAGUGAAACCCAGCAAGUCUUUUAAACCUAAAGAUCCUUCAUCUACCAGCAGUAAUAGUAAUAGCAACACCAGUAGCAACAGUAACAGCAGCAGUUCUGGAAAGAAAAGAAAAAAUAUUUCUGCACUGCCACUGCAUUCUUCUUCCACUCAUUCCACAGAAUCUCUGAAGAAAAAUUGUGUGAAUUCUGGGAGCUUGGGGACCUCUUACUACUCAUCUGUCACCUCAUCUUAUAGCAGCACACACAAUGUUGGCCUAAAUUGUACGAACAAGAUGAACUCUUUAGGCCUCAAACAUGACCAAUCAGGAAAGGGGCUUCAAAUGGGGAUCCCUGCAGAAUCGAUUAAACGAAUGAGUGUGGUUAUGAACAGUAGUGAUUCCACUCUUUCACUCGGGCCGUUUGUUCAUCAGUCAAAUGAGCAGACUGUAAAUUUACGUGGUGGCUUUUCCAAUCCACACACCCCACUGGACAAGCUGGAAGGGAAAAAGCGGAAGAGCUCACCAGGUUCAAGUACCAUAAACAGUGGUAACAAAUCAAACAAGAUUGCCAAACCGCCUGUGGUAAACAAUGUUCAUUCAAAACAUCCCAGUGUGAUCCCAGGAACACCAGGGCUUUCCAACAACACUCUGCUCCAUCAGCCAAAGGCUCGACCUUGAUAAUGAAUGCUCUUCUGGAAUAAACUGGACAUCUUUUUUGUUUUUUUUUAAAAAAACAGGCGCUCUGAACUCUAAGAGGCCUUUGAAUUAUCUCAACUUCCCUUGUCCCUCAGGUCUGGAGGUACUGUGGAUAGCAGAAUCAAAACUGUAUACAGGCUCUGAAGCCAAGUUUGUGGAAAUGCCACCUUCUAUAGUGGCACAUUUCAAAUUGAAUUGACAUGGACACCUAGAUAAAAUUUGGCCACUGCAACUGUUCAAAUCAGUAUUAAACAUUGGGUUUAGAAGAAUGACUACUGAUCUGAGAUUUAUGCAAAGAAGCAGUUUUUAAACUAUUUUCCACUGACAGGUGUAUUGCUGAACAGUUUUGGAUUCAGAACUGCCAAGAGUUUAAGCAUAAGCAUAAUGACAAAUUAAGUUAAUGGGAUGUUUCUUUGUUCUAAAGGCCCUUGGCAUCUACUGGAAAUUUGUAUCACAAAGCAGAUAUGUUGUAUUUAUUUUUUCAUUAGAUUUGUGUGUACAGUGUCUACAAUUGAGCUAAACAUUUGCCAAGUAUGAUGACUUGUGUCAGGUAGUUAUUUUUGAAGUUACUGUUUUAUUUUUGUUAAAUCUGCAAAUCUUGGCUUUUCUGAGCAGAAAAACAAUUGUGGAACUAAAAUGACAAAAAUGGGAAGUUACAGUCCAGCAAAUGCUAGAGUUUUGUUUAAGGUGAUAAUUUUAAGAAUUUUGUGUGUAAAUUCUAACUGCUUUCUGGUUAGAAAUACAGCAGACUGUUGAGCUAAAAGAAAAUUGCAUCAUGUUUGGAGUAUAGAUGCAACAAUUUUAUCUUUAUGAAUAAAACAUUCACGUUUGCUUAAUCAAUUUUGUACCAUUCAUAUGGUACAAACUACUGGGGCUCAGUGGCAUUUGCAGCUUGGUCUUGCCUUUAGUAAAUGGUAAGAAAUUAAAAAGAUUUUAGUGUACGCUGCUUCCUCCCCUUUUGGCCUAUCUGUAGUCCACAUAAUUUUUGCACUAAUAGACUAUAUCCGUACUCGCAACUAUUCUGGAAGAUUUUAAUAAAAAGGGAUACAGAAGUAAGUUUUCAUGUCAGAGUAUGUGUAAAAUCAGGGAUUUCAAAAUGAGAAUUCCACAAAAAAUGUUUAAAAUGACCACUUUAUUGAAAAUUUGGGCACUUUUCAACAUUUUCCCUAUUGGUCUACAAAUUGGGGAAUCAGAUGAAAGCAAAUGUUUACAACAUCAAUUUAAUGUUGCAUCUUUCACUUUCUCCCCAAUCUAGAUGUAAGGAACAAUGUGUGUAUAGUAUGGAGAAUGUGAGCAUACACUAACACAAUCUGUUACAUUAAUUUUAAUAGAUUUUUGAGGACAGUGUAGUGAAUUCUAUAAAGACAGACUUAAGAAAUAGUGUAUAGUUGAAUAUACUCUUGUAAUCAUUGGGCAAAUGGCAGGAAAACAAUUAAAGAAGCCAUCUGUUGCAUAUGCAAUUUCUCAGAACAGUUUAAGUUGGUGACCAAGUAAUAAUGCCAUUUCCUUUUUGGGUUGUAAAGGCUUCUAUGAAAAUUAUUAAAGAAGAAAGCUGCUCCUUUCUGCUGUAAUAAAAUGGCACACCUGCAUCCAAGUAGAUAUUUUUAAGACUGGCUUUUACUGAAGCUUACUUGUUCCUUUGGGACAGUUAUCAAUUGUAACUCAGUUUUCUUACCCCAAUUUUCAACAAGCUAAGAGUGUCACAAUUUUUGUACUUUUUAUUUUGAAUUUUGUUUAAUGGAUUAUACAAACGAAUGGAACUAUCCCUAUUUCAGAAUGCAUAUUUUGUUAAAAUUGUACAUAUUAAAUACGUAUUUUUGCACAGGUCAUUUUCUUAUAUCCAGUUUUGGUACAAUUUUGAAAUCAUCUGGUAUUUAUUUAUUUAGGAAUUAAUAAAUAACAGGUAAAGUACCUUUAUUGUUUAGAGAUUCACUGCCCAGCCAAUGAUACAAAAUACCUACAGUAUAAAAUUUGUGGGGCACUUUUUUAUAAAACUUUUGUCCAUUUUGGAAUUUGGGAGUGAAAUGAUUUAUUUUUUGGAAGUGGGGGGAGGGGAAGAGAAGAAAGCCUCAAAACUAUUUCACUGUAAUAAAAUGUUCAUUUGUUGCCUAACUCCCAGUGUAACAAUUGCAUUCAAUAGAAGAUCAUCCCAGACACACUAUCUGAAAAACUGAUUUUUAACUUCAUUUUAGCAGCUUUUAGUCAAAAUUUAAAGUGCCUGAUAGUUGCUUCAAAACGACUGUUUAAAUUGAGCAUUUAAAAAAAAUAUUGAAUGUUCAGUUUUUGAUUAGGAGCUUGCUUUUUCCACCUGUGGAUUUUUAAGGUUUCUCAUUGUGCUUAAACCUUAACAACAAAUUAAUUUGGACUGAUUACAUCGCUUUCAAUUGUGAAAUGAAUAUACCAAUUUCUUUCAAAUUCUGAUUGUAUGUAUGUGUGCGGGUGUGGUUGUACCACCAGCCAAAAACAAAAGAAAAGGCCUUUACAUUUCUGUACCAUUGAAGCACCAAGUUUUAAUAAUUUUGUCAGUGAAGAGGUCUAAAGCACUAUUGCUGUAUAACUUGACUCAUUAAAAUAAUUGUACUUUUGAGUUUGACCCAUAGUAUCUAAUACUAGAAUGUAAAUAUUCUCAUCCUGGCUAUAUUUAAGGUGAUGGUGCCUUUUGGAAAGGAAAUAUCUUGGAUUUCACUGAGUAUCUCCUAAAAUUCUUUGUGGAUUAAUACAGUCACAAAAUGCAAUGUUUCAGGAGUAAGUCUUCCUAUAUAUAUAAAAAAAAUCCUUGACAGGAUCCUAUAAUACUGCAAAUUCAAAUGAAAUUUAUUUUAAGAUAAAAAGCCGAGAUGAAUAUUCUGAACAUAGGAGAGAAGUAUUGUCUUAGAAUAGGCACUCAGACCUGUUAAUUCAGGUUUAUCUAAUGUAAGGAAUUAAAACAAUUGCAAUGACAAAAGCAAUAUAGACAGAAAUGAAGAGUUUAACACUACACAUCUCAAAUGUGAAUGUAAGCCUGAUAGCAAAGCAUCUUUCUCCUCAUUAUUUGAGCCUGGUUCUAAAAGCAACCUCCUGUGUAAAGUGUGAAUAGUUUCCGAAGUACGCAUAAUCAAGCGCACCUGGUCGCUAUGGUAUCAGCUGGACUUUGUGUUGCCUGCUGUAUAAUUCAUGAACAAAUGUCAUGGGUCAGAAUCUUUCGAUAUUUGAAAAUGUAUAGUCUAUUUGUUUUGUAACAAGUUCUGUAAAUAAAAAUAAUUUAUACUGUUAUUUAUAAUAAAUGCUGUUGAUUCUUUGCGUAUCA